GCAGUCAGUCCAGUCAGAACAGCGAUUGUCUUUGUGUGUAAACGUUUAGUGUUUGGGAAGGAACAUUUUUAAUUCGCGAGAAAUAAGUUAUUUUAAUUAAUAGUUUUUUCCAUUAAAAUAAAAUGCUACAUGUAAUCUUAAGUUUAUAGUGUUAGUGAUUUUCAUUUUAUGAACUAGUUAAAAGUGCUAAUCAAAUCAAUGACGAAGCUACUCAGUGACAAGCACAAGCAAUACGAAGUUUAGCCUCUGUACUGAUUUCUUGAGUGUUGAAUGACUAUACCGGAGUAAACAGAAGGUGAAUCAUUCCUAAUACCGAGGAUUCCUUGAAUGUAAUAGUGGAUUGUCCUUGGAUUCCAAAUCUCCGCCAUCGCAAAAGCCUACAUUGGCGCAACCUCAUUUGAAUGCACAUUGUGAGGUAACACCGUAAACAAUAGUGUUAUGGAGCAGGCGUGAGUCGAGAUGUGGCCGAAGGUUGUCGCGGUCUUGGGGCUCGUGGCGGUGGCCAACGCCAUCCUUGAGGGCCCCAAUGUCUGCAUGAGAAAUGAGCCAUACACAACGAAAGUGCGCGUAUCGGAACAACAGCCGUACCAAGAAAAAGAAUACUCCUGGUGCUUCAACGUCCCACCACGAUGCUCCAAAUACCGAGUCAAAUUCCGAACAGUCUACAAGACGCAGAUCCUUGUGAAAUACCGGCCUGUUGAGGAAUGCUGCGCGGGAUUUGCUCCGGACACGAAUGGGGAGCAAUGCGUGCCUGUGUGCGUUGAUAAGUGCGUGCAGGGGAAGUGUGUGGCGCCGAAUACAUGCGCGUGUGACCAUGGGUACGGAGGACCGGCUUGCGAUAUAUCAUGCCCAAAAGGCAAAUGGGGCCGCAACUGCCAGAACUCCUGUCAAUGCCUGAACGGCGGUACCUGCGAGCCCUUAACCGGAGAAUGUGCCUGCGCGCCGGGUUGGCGAGGCGAGGCGUGCGAGAAGGCCUGUGCGGCGCCGACGUUUGGCGACAACUGCAUAGAGACGUGUCAAUGCAAGAAUGGUACUUGUGAUGCGGCGAGUGGCGCGUGCGAGUGUAUACCGGGCUUUACGGGACCGCUGUGUGAAGAGCGCUGCCCAGCGCAAGUUGCCUGUCCUCAGGGUUGCCGGUGUCAAAACGGCGGUAAAUGUCACCCACUCUCAGGAGAAUGCGACUGCGCGCCUGGCUGGGGCGGCGAGGUCUGCGCUAACAGGUGUCCAUCUGGAAAAUGGGGGGAGAAGUGUGAAUGGAGCUGCGAAUGUGCCAACGGUGCGAGCUGCCACCACGUCACCGGACAUUGCCACUGCGAAGCGGGUUAUACGGGCGAAAAGUGCAUGGAGACCUGCAAGCCAGGCACCUACGGCGUCGACUGCAACAGAACAUGCGAAUGUCUACACGGCGGCGAAUGUUCGCCAAAAGACGGCUCAUGUACUUGCAAACCUGGUUGGAAGGGCGUACAUUGCCAACUGCGCGCUUGCCCUGACGGCAAGUACGGAAAGAUGUGUGACAAGGACUGCGAAUGUGAACCUGCUAAUACAGACCUUUGCGACCCGUGGACGGGCGCGUGCGACUGCGCGGCCGGCUGGGACGGCGAGGCGUGCGGCCGGCAGUGCGCGCUGCUCACGUUCGGCAAGGGCUGCCGCUCCAGCUGCCGCUGCGAGAACAGCGGGCUCUGCUCGCCCGUCAACGGAUCGUGUCUCUGCGCGCCCGGCUACCACGGUCUACGCUGCGAGCAACCUUGCCAGUUCCCUCACUACGGCGACAACUGCCGAGACAUAUGCGACUGCGCCAUCAACGCCACCUGCUCCCACGAGACCGGCCAGUGCAAGUGUCCGCCCGGGUAUGAUGGAUUGAAAUGUGACCGUCCAUGCGACGGGAAGAAAUACGGAUUGAAGUGCCUACAAGAGUGCCAAUGUGAAAACAAUGCCCCAUGUAACCCCGUCAACGGCGAGUGUAUAUGCGGGCCGGGCUACACAGGCGACAAGUGCGAGCACACGUGUCCGCCGCACUACUUCGGGCAAGACUGCCGCUCGCCCUGCAACUGCGGGGACAACGCUCGCGGCUGCGAUCACGUCACUGGACGAUGCCAGUGCGAGACUAGUUGGCGAGGUAUCCGUUGCGAGACUCAAUGCGAACAAGGUUUCUUCGGCGACGGCUGCUCAGAGCGGUGCCCGUGCGUCAACAACUCCUCCUGCGAUGCUGCUACGGGCCGGUGUGAAUGCUCUGCGGGCUGGACUGGAGUCAACUGCUCGCAGCCAUGUUCUCCUGGUACCUACGGAGCCGGUUGCUCACAGCGAUGCGCUCCCGGGCCUGGUGGUAACUCGACAUGCGACCCAGUGACAGGCGUAUACGCUUGUCCCAGCGGCUACACGGGUGCGGCCUGCGAAUACCCGUGUCCGCUCGGCACUUUCGGCCUUAACUGCCAAGAGAAGUGCGCUUGCAAGAACGGUGCCGACUGUCACCAUGUCACCGGAGCGUGCCAGUGCCCGCCCGGCUGGCGCGGCCGGCUGUGCGACGAGGCGUGCCCGGCGGGCUGGUGGGGCGCCAACUGCACGCAGCCGUGCCGCUGCGCCGCCGCCGCCGCCUGCCGCCCCAACGACGGCUACUGCCGCUGCCCGCCCGGCUACACCGGCGCCUACUGCACGCAGUGUGAGUCUACCCUACCUUACGUGCCCGGCGGGCUGGUGGGGCGCCAACUGCACGCAGCCGUGCCGCUGCGCCGCCGCCGCCGCCUGCCGCCCCAACGACGGCUACUGCCGCUGCCCGCCCGGCUACACCGGCGCCUACUGCACGCAGUGCCGUGCCGCUGCGCCGCCGCCGCCGCCUGCCGCCCCAACGACGGCUACUGCCGCUGCCCGCCCGGCUACACCGGCGCCUACUGCACGCAGUGUGAGUCUACCCUACCUUACGUGCCCGGCGGGCUGGUGGGGCGCCAACUGCACGCAGCCGUGCCGCUGCGCCGCCGCCGCCGCCUGCCGCCCCAACGACGUGUGAGUCUACCCUACCUUACGUGCCCGGCGGGCUGGUGGGGCGCCAACUGCACGCAGCCGUGCCGCUGCGCCGCCGCCGCCGCCUGCCGCCCCAACGACGGCUACUGCCGCUGCCCGCCCGGCUACACCGGCGCCUACUGCACGCAGUGUGAGUCUACCCUACCUUACGUGCCCGGCGGGCUGGUGGGGCGCCAACUGCACGCAGCCGUGCCGCUGCGCCGCCGCCGCCGCCUGCCGCCCCAACGACGGCUACUGCCGCUGCCCGCCCGGCUACACCGGCGCCUACUGCACGCAGUCCGUGCCGCUGCGCCGCCGCCGCCGCCUGCCGCCCCAACGACGGCUACUGCCGCUGCCCGCCCGGCUACACCGGCGCCUACUGCACGCAGUGUGAGUCUACCCUACCUUACGUGCCCGGCGGGCUGGUGGGGCGCCAACUGCACGCAGCCGUGCCGCUGCGCCGCCGCCGCCGCCUGCCGCCCCAACGACGGCUACUGCCGCUGCCCGCCCGGCUACACCGGCGCCUACUGCACGCAGUGUGAGUCUACCCUACCUUACGUGCCCGGCGGGCUGGUGGGGCGCCAACUGCACGCAGCCGUGCCGCUGCGCCGCCGCCGCCGCCUGUCGCCCCAACGACGGCUACUGCCGCUGCCCGCCCGGCUACACCGGCGCCUACUGCACGCAGUCCGUGCCGCUGCGCCGCCGCCGCCGCCUGUCGCCCCAACGACGGCUACUGCCGCUGCCCGCCCGGCUACACCGGCGCCUACUGCACGCAGUGUGAGUCUACCCUACCUUACGUGCCCGGCGGGCUGGUGGGGCGCCAACUGCACGCAGCCGUGCCGCUGCGCCGCCGCCGCCGCCUGCCGCCCCAACGACGGCUACUGCCGCUGCCCGCCCGGCUACACCGGCGCCUACUGCACGCAGUGUGAGUCUACCCUACCUUACGUGCCCGGCGGGCUGGUGGGGCGCCAACUGCACGCAGCCGUGCCGCUGCGCCGCCGCCGCCGCCUGCCGCCCCAACGACGGCUACUGCCGCUGCCCGCCCGGCUACACCGGCGCCUACUGCACGCAGUGUGAGUCUACCCUACCUUACGUGCCCGGCGGGCUGGUGGGGCGCCAACUGCACGCAGCCGUGCCGCUGCGCCGCCGCCGCCGCC